AUGUGCUCUGGAAGGCGUCCGGGCGCCGGAUCGGGUGGAGGGAGGAUGCUGCGGCAGGUGCUUCGCAGAGCGGUGCGGGGGUUCUGCUACAGGCUGGGCCUGUGCGUUGGCCGGCACCCGGUCUUCUUCCUCACCGUCCCCGCCAUCCUGACCAUCGCGUCGGGCUUCGGCGCCGUCCACCGCUUCCAGCCCGAGGGCGACCUGGAGCGGCUGGUGGCUCCCAGCCACAGCCUGGCCAAGAUCGAGAGGAGCCUCGCCGGCAGCCUCUUCCCCCUCGACCUGUCCAAAAGCCAGCUCUAUUCGGACUUACACGCCCCGGGCCGGUUCGGCAGGCUCAUCCUCCUCUCCCCGCCCGGAGACAAUAUUUUGCUCCAGGCGGAGGGGAUCCUGCAGACCCACCGAGCCGUGCUGGAAAUGAAGGACGGGAGGAGCAGCUUUAUCGGCCACCAGCUCGGCGGCGUCCUCGAAGCGCCUAACAGCAAGGACCAGCGGGUCAAGUCGGCCCGAGCCGUGCAGAUCACGUACUACCUCCAGACGCACGGCUCGGCCUCCCAGGACCGCAUCAGCGAGAAGUGGGAGGGCGAGUUCUGCAAGCUCAUGGCGAGGCUGGGGCAGGAGCAGAGAGCCUUGCAGCUCUACUCUCUGGCCUCCUUCAGCCUCUGGAGGGACUUCCACAAGACCAGCCUCCUGGCCCGCAGCCCCAUCCUGGUCAGCCUGGUGCUGAUCCUGGCCACGGCCACCUUGUCCAGCUCCAUGAAGGACUGUCUGCGCAGCAAGCCCUUCCUGGGCAUCCUGGGCGUGCUCACCGUCUGCAUCGCCAGCGUCACGGCUGCAGGUAUAUUCUUCAUCACCGAUGGCAAGUACAACUCCACCCUGCUGGGAGUCCCCUUCUUCGCAAUGGGUCACGGAACUAAAGGGAUAUUUGAGCUUCUGUCUGGAUGGCGGAGGACCAGGGAGAACCUGCAAUUCAAGGACAGGGUGGCAGAUGCCUAUUCGGAUGUCAUGGUCACUUACACAAUGACCAGCUGCCUGUACUUCAUCACCUUUGGCAUGGGAGCCAGCCCGUUCACCAACAUCGAGGCCGUCAAAGUCUUCUGCCAGAACAUGUGCGUGUCUAUCCUGUUGAACUACUUCUACAUCUUCUCCUUCUUUGGGUCUUGCCUGGUCUUUGCCGGCCAAUUGGAGCAGAACCGUUACCAUAGCAUCUUCUGCUGCAAGAUUCCUUCCCCUGAGUACCUGGACCAGAAGCCUGUUUGGUUCCAAGCCAUGAUGAGUGACGGGCGUCAGCAGACCUCCCAUCACGAGACCAGCCCCUACCAGAACCAUUUCAUCCAGCAUUUCCUCCGUGAGCACUACAACGAAUGGAUCACCAACAUCUAUGUGAAGCCCUUUGUGGUCAUCCUCUAUCUCAUCUAUGCCUCCUUCUCCUUCAUGGGGUGCUUGCAGAUCAGCGACGGGGCCAACAUCAUCAACCUCCUCGCCAGCGAUUCCCCAAGCGUCUCCUAUGCAGUCGCCCAGCAAAAGUACUUCAGCAACUACAGCCCGGUGAUCGGCUUCUACGUCUAUGAGCCGCUCGAGUACUGGAAUGGCACCGUGCAAGAGGAUCUGAAGAAACUCUGCAGCGGGUUUCACACGGUGUCCUGGAUCGAGCAGUUCUAUCAGUUCCUGAGGGCCGGCAACAUCAGCGCCAGCAACAGAAGCGACUUCAUCGGCGUGCUGCAGAACACCUUCUUGAAGAAACCGGAGUUCCAGCACUUCCGCAACGACAUCAUCUUCUCUAAGGCCGGAGACGAGAGCGACAUCAUCGCCUCGCGGAUCUACCUGGUAGCGAGGACGAGCGAGAACAAGCAGAAGGAAGUCAUUGAGCUGCUGGAAAAGCUAAGGCCCCUUUCCCUGUUGCAGAGCAUCAGGUUCAUUGUCUUCAAUCCUUCCUUUGUGUUCAUGGACCAAUACGGCUUAUCGGUCACAAUGCCAGUCCUCAUCUCGGGCUUUGGGGUCCUGGUGGUGUUGGUGUUGACCUUUUUCCUGGUGAUCCAUCCCCUGGGAAACUUCUGGCUCAUCCUCAGCAUCACCUCCAUAGAACUGGGAGUCCUGGGCUUGAUGACGCUGUGGAAGGUUGACAUGGAUUGCAUUUCUAUCUUGUGCCUUAUCUACACUUUAAAUUUUGCCAUGGAUCACUGUGCACCCCUGCUUUACACAUUCGUAUUAGCGACCGAGCACACCCGGACUCAGUGUAUUAAAAACUCCCUGCAAGAGCACGGGACAGCCAUUUUGCAGAACAUAACUACUUUCCUUAUUGGGUUGGUCCCCCUCCUUUUUGUGCCUUCAAACUUGACCUUCACACUGUUCAAAUGCUUGCUGCUCACUGGUGGCUGCACCCUGCUGCACUGUUUUGUCAUCUUACCCGUGUUCCUAACUUUCUUUCCUCCCUCCAAAAAGCAUCACAAGAAAAAGAAACGGGCCAAAAGGAAGGAACGCGAAGAGAUCGAGUGCAUCGAGAUCCAAGAGAACACUGAUCACGUAACCACGGUCUGA